AUGGAAAAAAUUAGCAAACAACCUAAGAUAAACAAUUUUGAAGUGUUGUCUACAUUAUAUAAUCAAAUAGAAUUUAAAAAAAAAGAUAAAGAAUUUACAGAUAUUGACAUGGAUAAUUUUGAAAAUAAUCUUAAAAUAUUAAUUGAUGAAGACGAAAAAAUUCCUGAUAAUAGAAAAAUAAAACUGAUUAAAGAAAUUUUAGAGAAUUCAAGA